AUGGCGUGUCCAGGCAACGACGCAGACGUCGUUACACGGACGCCACCACCGCCUGCAACCCUGCGGUUCAUGCCCCCCUUUUCCCAACCUGAAGGGCAGGAAGGCAGCCGGAGGCGCGACAGGGACGACCCCAGGAAGAGAGAUGGGCAUGCGCCAGCGUGCGUUUCCUCAGAAGCCUCCGUCGCGCACGGACCUGUGGCCGGGGGCAGCGAAGGGAGCGUUCUUAUGCGAGGCAGUCCGCUGCCGCCCUCCACUCCAAAGAAAGGCGGAACAGCUCAACCUCCUGGCGAAGGCCUGACUCGAGCAGCCUCGUCCGUGUCUGACUGCCUGCUGACUCAAAGGGAUAGACAUCCUGCCACUCAGGACAUGUCCCUCGCCUCUUCAGCCGGUGAACAGGGUUCGCAAGGGCUGCGGCAGAGCUCCAGCGGGAGCCGCCGUCAGGUGGAAAGUACGCAGGGUGAGUUCGGAUGGAUCACAGGGAGCUCGGCGCCGUGCGGCAGCACUCCCGGUCCCGCGCUGUUCGCCUCGAGAAGGGCGCGCACAGUUGGCACGGCUGGCGGUCGGUCCUCGUCGUCCACCUUCUCGUCUCAAGCAAACAAGUCUCGGCUUCCAGAAGCAGAGAGGCGAAAUACUGGAGGAAGUGUUGGUGCGAUGCUGCCGUCCUCCGGGUCACUCGCCUUUCCUCAGGACGCCUCUCCGGCGAUCUGUGGGGUAGACGCGGCCGCGGAGGCUGCGACGCCUGCGAACGCAGUGCCCAGCUGUGGUGGCAAGGCUGCCGUCGCCCCUCCCCCUCCAGUAUUCAAGGCAUCCCAGAGGCGAGUCAAACGGACGGAUUCGCCUUUCCAUAUGCCCGGCGGAGGAGAAUGUUUUCCUCCCAGCUCCUGGGGUCGAUCGCAGAGAGAAGAAAGAGGGGAGUCUGUCUUCACCUCGGAGAGAAGUGGCCCGGUCUUCAAAACCAUAGAUGGAGACGCGCCGCGUGAAAGUAUAAUCCCCGGACUGCUACUGGCUGACGGUCUGGAACGCGGAGUAAAGGUUGACAUCCCGUCUCAGGAUUGCAUCGCGUUCAAGCCUCGUGAAGAAGGUGCAGCUCGUGGUGCUGCAUCCCAGAAGGCUCAUAUUGCGCAAAACGUGUUGACGGGAGGGAGUGGCGCAGGUCCGCAGAACGGUCUUGUCUUGCCGUCUUCGUCCGUGGGCGUCUGCUUUCCAUUCUGCGUACGAGGUGAAGUCCCCCGUCACGAGGAGGCACCAGCACCGUUCGCCUGGCUCGCGAGCGACCAGGCGACGCCGCCGUGGCCAGGCGCGCUGCCCGCCGGGACUAGUUCGACGGACGCGCCGACGCCACCACCGCCUCCGCCACCGCCAAGCGCGCGUUUUCCUUUAUGCACACUGGGACCGGUAGAGGCUGCGGAUGGCGCAGGGGAGGGAGAGGUACGUACCGGCGUCUCACGAAACACCGGCCCUGCCGGGACCGGAGUGCCUGGGGAACUGUGCAAAGACGUGGGCGGAGUGUCUCUGGCGCGUAACGGCUGUGCCGAUGGAGCCGGCCCCAAGGCGUCCAGUAGCUGUAGCCACAAGGACUCGCCAUGCGUUACGCUAGGCAUCCUCGAGCCAAGUAUGAUUCCGCGUUCGCUGAACUGGGUUGAUCGCAACAACCCCAGUGCUCCGUUCGAGGCUGCGGACAACGGAGAGGGAGCAGGUGCUGUAGGCGCCAGGCGCGCGAGACAGUUGGGGAUAACGUGGACGUGUCGAGGGCCCCGCGCCCACACGCUUUCCGCAGAUGCCUUGAAGCAUCUGUCACGCAAGCCGGAAGAGCUCGAAAGGGUUAGCCAGUUGGCGCACCAGCUGCAGAAGAGCUCCGUGCUACUUUCAGAUAGUCGGUCGUCCUUUGACGGGGGAAAGGACGUCGAUCGGGAAGACGCGGAGGCCUCGGCCGACGUGACUGUGGUUACUUUGCCUGCAGCGAAGCGCAAAGGGAGCACGGAUGCCACUGCGGACAGGUCACAGCGAGUAUCGACUGCGGCGGACAACGUGAAAUGUUUUGGGCCUGGCCACGGCAAGCGACAGGGCGCUGCAUCGGCUUCUCAGUCGUUCCCCCCAGGCGCAGUCGCAUGCGACGCCAACAGAGAGGGUGCGCCAGCAGGCCCUGUCCUCCUGGGGAGCUACGGGAGACACUGUGAGAGCAACGGCACGCUGAACACGGUGACCCCCAAGACGUCCACGCCUAUCACACAGAACGCGAGUCCAGUCACGACUAGCGCCAACAACACGCCACCCAGAGGGUUUGGCCCGAGUGGCGGCAAGCGGCAAGAGGCGUAUCGUGAGGCGCCCGAGUCCCAGCCGCUUCGGGGUGAGACAAAGUUGGCCAAGAACGCAGCGGACGUGGUCGACAGGCGCACGCAGGAAAACGCAGAUGGAACGGGGUCAGGCGUGAUGCCGGCAGGCACCAUGGCUCACGAGAAAGGGGACAGGCUGGCGACCUGGUUGUAA